UAAUAAUUUUGUCAAAUUUAGGCAAGUUGGCUUUGAAAUAAAUAACAUCAAGUAAAACUGCUAAUUUACAAUAAAUGAGCAAAAACAUCGCCAUCUCGUUCAAUAAAUUUCUGAGCACACUUAAGCACACGUCUUGUAGCUUUUAAGAUUGAUAUUCGAUCUAUUGAUCCAAUUAUUUGCCUAAUAUGUGUUUGAAGUUCAUCAACGGUUCUGUAUUUUUUUAUACACUUAAUUUUUUAUGUAACCCCAAAAAUAAAAAUCUAGAGGGGUUAGGUCUGGUGACCUAGGUGGCCAUCGAAUCGGGCCACGUGUUGCAAUCCAUUUAUCGUCAAACAGUCUAUUAAGUAAUAAUCUUACAUCAUUUAGUUGAUGGGGAGGUGCUCCAUCCUGUUGAAAAUAGAUUUGUUGCCGUCUCUCCAAGUUAACAUUAUCCAAAUAAUUUUCCAGCGCUCCAGAUAAUAUGAGAUCAACAUAGGUCCUAUUAAUUGGCUUCCUAUUAAGCCGCACCAAACGUUUAUACUAAAUUGAUUUUGAGGAUUUCUGGGAUCAGUAAGGAAUAGUAUAUUGUAUACCUAGUAGGAAAAGCUUAACAUUCCCGGGCGAUCGUAAAAAUUGCCAGUCGAGGCGCAAGCUGAGACUGGCAAUACGGAAACCGGGAAUGUGGCUUUUCCUACGAGGUCUACAUACUAUUUUUCCGAAAAUCGGGAAUCAUUAAAAUUACGGUAAAUUAUUACUAAUCAUGUUAAAAAUUUUAAAUCAACAUUAUUAUUUUUCCCUUAAAUAAAAGAAGCCAUGAAACAUUGUUUUGUAACUACGGAAACGAAGUACAUAAUUUUAAAUUGUCAAACUUGACGAGUGAAAAGUUUAUUUGUGGCGUCUUUCCAAAGUGUUGAUUUUUAAACGUUUUAAAAAGCCAAAGUAACGUGUAAAAUGAUGAGUGAUAAUGACUGUUCCAUUUCUGAAACCCUCCCAGAACUUACGGAGGCAAUGAAUGCUGCAUCAUUGGAAUUGUUACCAAUAAAAUCUAGAAAUAAGUAUAACUAUGCAUACAACCGCUUCAUGGACUACCGUACGAAUAAAAAUGUAACUUCUUUCUCGGAAAAUGUUGUAAUGGCAUACUUCUUGGAACUUGGUUCCAAGAUGAAUUCUUCAACUUUAUGGGCCAAUUAUUCAAUGCUGAAGGCAACCCUUGCAAUUAGAGAUGAUGUGGAUAUAUCUGAAUAUUCAAAACUUCGGGCAUUCCUGAAACAACAAGCACAUGCCUAUAAGCCAAAAAAAUCCAAGAUUUUAACUAAAGAAGAAAUAAACAAAUUUAUUCAGGAAGCUCCAGACAAGGAAUAUUUAAUGAUUAAGGUAGCUGUAAUAUUUGGAAUUUCCGGAGCUUGCAGAAUGGACGAGCUGGUUAAAAUGACUGUACAAGAUAUACAAGACCUACUAUCUAAACUUUUAGUUACCAUACCGGAUUCAAAAACCAAUACAUCAAGAUCAUUUAUAGUAAUAGUUAUUGUCAUACAAAUAAAAUUAUUAGUUUGGAAAAUAUUCAACAAAAUAAUGCUAUUAGUUCCCAAGUUCUUCCAGUUUUCAAUACUUGUACUAAUUGUCAAAUAACAGUAAAUAUAAUAAAUAAUAAGUAAUAAUUUUAAAAUAUAAUGUUAACCUUGUUUGUGCUGAAAGUUUUAAAAAUAAAAUUGUUUAGGAAAAAGCCUGUUCGCAUUUAUGUUCUAAAGUUUACUGUAUGGAAAUAACAUUUCCUUACAGUACACUGUGUCCCAUUUUGGAUGAGACUGCAGGGUAUCUCUGUCAUUUUUUAAGAUAGAGCUUUGCGGUUUUCGCGACCCUGUAUCACU